AUGAAAGUAAUUUACGGAUGGAUUUUCAUCGUGAUUUUCCUACUUAUUAAUUCUAUCGACGUUAAUGGUGACAGAAGAUGUGGCUGGGACGGCCCACAUUAUAUUUGUCAUGCUAGUAAUGGUGGCGGAGAGGGCGGUCAUGGUGGACAAGAAAUAGACGUGGGGCCGGAGGGACCAUGGGAAGACGGAGAGGAGGAAGAGGAGGAGGAGGAAGAAGAAGAGGAGUGGGAAGAAGAAGAGGAGGAAGAGGAGGAAGAGAUGGAGGAAGAGGAAAUGGAGGAGGAAGAGGACGAACAGGAGAAAGGAGAGGGCGAAGACGGGGAGGACGGAGUCGGAGAUGAGUCAAACUGA